GUCAGAUUGAUAUCAACAACCUGAGUUACAACUUAGGCAAAACUUUAGUGCAGUUUGGGCUAAAACACGUUUUUAAGUUUUUUUUUUAUUUCAUGCAAACGCCGUAUUAUGGGGGACGUAUUUUGGCGCGUGUCGUGGACGUGGUUUGUUCCGGUGCUGACGCUCAGCGGCUCGUUUGGAGCAGCGAAGUUUUAAACAGGUCGCAGGCGCAGCUGGACUCUCUGCUCGCUGACCCGCUGUCCCGGUAGUUUUGACGGAGCCCCGGUUUGGUCGCAAUGCUCCUGCAGCUGCUCCCACCUGUCAUCUAGCUGCUCCUCUCCUCCUCCCCAUGGCUCACUGCGGCUCCUCCGACCCAAAGGUGCAGGCACCGCGGCCCGACAGCACCAAGCCGGCCCCGGGCACCGUGGACCAGAGCAUGAAGCCGGUGUUGUUCGAGAUCUUCGGAGAGAUCUGGACCGUCCAGUCGCGGCUCGGACAGGGAGUCUCGGCCUCCGUGUACCGGGUCAGCUCCGGCAGAGCCACCACCGCCGCCGUCAAGGAGUUCCAGGCCGACACUCAGGGAGGAGACUACGGGUAUCACAAGGAGAGGACCGUGCUGGAAGGCAUCCAGGGACACAAAAACAUCGUGACUCUGUACGGGGUGUUCACCAACCACAGCUGUAUGGGUGUCGCCACCCGCUGUCUCCUGCUGGAGCUCCUGGACGUCAGUGUGUCUGAUCUGUUGGUGAGAGGCAUCAGUGGUACUCAGAGUGGGAGACCCCAGCAGGGCCACUCCAUGUGGCUCGUCCAGCACUGUGCCAGAGACAUCCUGGAGGCUCUCGCCUUCCUCCACAGGGAAGGUUACGUCCACGCCGACCUCAAGCCACGCAACAUUCUCUGGAGCGCCGACGACGAGUGCUUCAAGCUCAUCGACUUCGGCCUCAGCUUCAAAGAGGGAAACCAGGAUGUCAAGUACAUCCAGACAGACGGCUAUCGCGCUCCGGAGGCCGAGCUUCAGAACAGCCUCGCUCAGGCCGGCGUGGAGGUGGACGGGGACUCGGGCUGCACGGCCGCCGUAGACCUGUGGAGCCUGGGCAUCAUCCUGUUGGAGAUGUUCUCAGGAAUCAAACUCAAAGACACCGUCCGCUCGCAGGAGUGGAAGGAUAACAGCGCUGCCAUUGUCGACCACCUUUUUGCCAGCAACAGCGUGGUGUGCCCCGCCAUCCCCGUCUAUCACCUCAGAGACCUUAUCAAAAGCAUGCUCCUCAACGACCCAAAACAAAGAUGCACUGCUGAAACUGCCCUGCUGAGCCCAUUCUUCAGUAUUCCCUUUGCUCCUCACAUUGAGGACCUGGUUCUGCUGCCCACUCCUGUCCUGCGUCUGCUCAAUCUGAUUGACGACAGCCAUCUGCACAACGAAGAAGAGUAUGAAGACAUCCUGGAGGACAUGAAAGAGGAGUGUCAGAAGUAUGGCUCUGUGGUUUCUCUGCUCAUCCCCAAGGAAAACCCAGGGAAAGGACAGGUGUUUGUGGAGUACGCCAACUCCAGUGACUCCAAAGAAGCUCAGAGGCUGCUGACGGGCCGCACCUUUGACGGGAAGUUUGUGGUGGCCACCUUCUACCCUCUCAGCGCCUACAAAAGAGGUUACUUAUACCAGACGGUGCAGUGACCACCUGAAAGCUCAAUUUACACCUCUGCAGUGUAAGCAUGGAAAAACACAACUGCAGCAGCCACCACAGCGGGAGGAGUCAUUUUAAUUGGCUGCCCUGCAGUUUGAGUGCAAAUGAUUCAGUUAUUAAUAAGUGUAGUUCAAGGUUCUGCAUGUGGUUUUCUACAGUAAAUCUGUGUUUAAUGCAGAGUGUAAAUUGAACUUUGAGGAGGAACACUUUAUUUCUGCUGCUGCCUCCAGCUUGUGCACUUCUCUUUAUCGGUGCGCGUCAGUUUAGUGCUUCAAGGUGACCUGCACCUGUCUCAUUUAAUGACCGUGGGCUAAAAGGUCUGUGGUCUGGGUGCAGCAUUUCCUGUCCUAGCUUCCAUUUCACUCUCAUUCAUUCAUAGAAAUUACCAAACUGAAAGAAUGUGUGAUUAGGACGAGUAAAAUCGUCUCUGUAGUGGGUUGCUAGAGCAAAAGUUUGAGAAUCUGUGCUCCAUAUAUAACAUCUGAAGAGUUUCAUCUCGGUAGGAAAAGUAUUAGUGAAACACUUUAUUUCAUGAGUUGAGUCAGGGAUGUGAUUAUGUAGCAGGAAAACACUGACCUCCCAGUUGUAUCAUUGGGAGUUUUACCUGAAAUAAUAAUAAUUAUUAGGUUUUUUAUUUGUGACGUUGAACAUGUAUUGAGAGGAAACAGCGUGGUACAAGGGGAAUAUACAGGUAUCUUCUGCUGGCUCCUCAGGCAGUUUUCAGGGAGAAAUGGUUGGGAGUGACCCCCCCUCCACCAGCCGGUAGUUUUCACUCACUCUCUGCCAUUUUCUGAGCAAGCCGAGGGCGUCGAUGCCCUGUAGCCUUAUGCUUUGUAGCUUUUUGUUUACAAAAGUCUGCAUACUCAGAGAACAUUUUCACCUUCAGAUGACAAUUCUCCCAUUUAUAUGGAAGUCAAAUUACGCAGAUGUGAUGGGAAAAAAAGAUCCCCAAAGUCAUUAUAGUGAGAAAUUUUCUUGAAUAAUGAAAUAGUGUCUCAAAAAUAAUGACGUAGUUUGUCAAAAUAGACUUACCAUU